AUUGUUCGAGACUCUCCCUCUGACACGACAAGAAGACAAAGUCAAAGGAGGAGCACAAUAUGGUUUUCAUGGGAGAGGAGUAUACUUGACGUGGAAGGACGUUUGGGUGACAGUUUCCAAUGUAAAAGAAGGCACCAAAUCCUUUCUGCAAGGACUUAAUGGUUAUGCAACUCCCGGUCAGCUCCUAGCGAUCAUGGGUCCUUCUGGUUGUGGCAAAUCAACUCUUCUGGAUGCGGCAAAUCAACUCUUCUGGAUGCAUUGUCUGGGAGGCUAGGCACAAAGAUGAAGCGGUGUGGCGAAAUUCUGAUUAAUGGCCGACAACAAGAGCUUGCAUAUGGGACAUCGGCCUACGUGACUGAUAAUGACAUCCUAACAUGGACAUUGACCGUUAGAGAAGCUGUCUACUAUUCUGCUAACCUCCAACUGCCAAAUGCAAUGUCGAGAUCAGAGAAAAAAGAGAGAGCAGAGAGAACGAUAAGGGAAAUGGGAUUGCUUCCUUGCUUUGAUACUAGAAUUGGAGGCUGGGGCAUUAAAGGCCUCAGUAACGGGCAAAAGAGGAGAGUGAGCAUUUGCAUGGAAAUUUUGACGCGACCCAAGCUUCUCUUCCUUGAUGAGCCAACAAGUGGACUCGACAGUGCUGCUGCAUACUGUAUUGUAAAUAGAAUUGUUAGACUGGCUCGGCAUUAUGGGAUGACUGUGGUAGCAUCUUUGCAUCAACCUAGCAGUGAAGCCUUCAAGCUCCUUGACAAUCUUUGCCUCCUCUGUUUGGGUAGGACAAUAUACUUUGGACCUGCCUAUGCUGCAAAUCAGUUUUUUGCAGGGAAUGGCUUUCCAUGUCCUGCUCUCCAGAAUCCAGCAGAUCAUUAUCUGAGGAUGGUCAACAGUGAUUUCAGUGAGGACAUUCAAUACGGUGCUGGAGGAAAGACAACCACAAGGGAAGUAAUUGAUAUGCUGGCAGAAUCUUAUAGAUCGUCUGAUGCCUAUAAAGAUAUCCUGAGACAAGCGGCAGAGAUGGAUAAACAAAGCACUGGUACGAUGGAGAAGAAGGGGAGCCCCGCAAGCUUCUUUAUACACUGCCUCGUCCUCAUUGAAAGGUCAUUUCUGAAUAUGUACCGUGAUGUAGGGUACUACUGGUUGCGCCUUGGUAUAAACAUUGCAUUAGGUUUUGGGUUGGGUACCGUGUUCCAUAAUGUUGGAAACAGUUACAGCUCCAUCAAUGCCAGAGGUUCUAUGCUUAUGUUUGUAGCAUCGUUAUUAACCAUCAUGGCUAUUGGAGGGUUCCCAUCAGUUGUGGAGGACAUAAAGGUCUUCAAGCGUGAAAGAUUAAAUGGGCAUUACGGUGUUGCAGCAUUUGUUGUCAGCAAUACAGUUUCUUCACUUCCUUUCUUGCUCCUAAUAUCUAUGAUUCCUGGAGCAAUUUCUUAUUACCUUGUUGGACUUCAGCAGGGAAGUGACAGGUUUUUGUACUUCAUAAUGGUACUCAUUGCAUGUCUUAUGUUGGUUGAGACCCUUGUGAUGAUUGUGGCGACCAUAGUGCCAAAUUUCCUCAUGGGACUCAUCACCGGUGCUGGACUUCAAGGUUUAAUGAUGUUAAGCGGCGGUUUCUUUCGACUUCCAAGUGAUUUACCAAAGAUUUUUUGGAAAUAUCCGAUGUACUACAUUGCCUUUCAUAAGUAUGCAUAUCAAGGACUAUACAAGAAUGAAUUCCAAGGGCUAGCAUUUCCCAAAAAUCUGUUGGCCGGAGGAUCUUCUAAUCUGGUAGAUGGUGAAACUAUUUUGAGGGAUAUCUGGCAGGUGGAGAUGGGUUACUCCAAGUGGAUUGAUCUGGAAAUCUUAUUUGGAAUGGUGAUAUUGUACAGACUCUUACUCUUUGGGGCUAUCAAGAUUGCAGAAAAGUUUUAACUUGUCAGGCUAGCACUAUAAUGGGGUUCGUUGGUUGGUUAUGUUAGCGCGAAGCAGCAGUUUGUAAAUUCCAAACUCCCACCAACAAGUAGGGUAGAAUGACACGAGUAGACGGCAAUGACAGUUUCUAAGCAGUGCAAAAGUAACUGAUUGAGAUUCCAUCACCUCUGGUGUCUUUAGUAUCCCCAGAGAUUGACGAAAAAGCAUCUAACUUGAUUUAUGGUCUGCUAGAUAACAUAAAAAACGGUUGAAACUGAACCUUUUCAAAU